GAUCGAUAGUGUAGUAGUGAUCGACCAAACAAAACAAGAAAACGAAACGACCGCCGAGCCGCCGACCACUCGACCAGAAUCGGAGUGAAAAGUGAAAUCGAAAUCCUUUCAAAUUCAAAUACUAAAUAAAUACGUUUCAACUUUCAAUUCUAUGUUAGUUUUACGUCUAAACUUUUUUUUUUAAAUUACUAUAACUAUUGAUUAUUAGAAGAUGAACUAAGCUAGUGGAAGAAAAUGGAAACAAAUACGUGGUACCGUCAAAUUAAAGCUGCUGAAAAGACGUCUAUUGUUCAAGAUGGCAAAAGAAAGUUCCACUACAAAUUCCAUGAUGGUCAGGAAAUGGCUGAGGAAUAUAGUAUGGAAACCAAUGUUUUGCUUCGAAGAGCGUGGAAAAAGAAAAAUCCAAUUCGAGGAUCUGGAGAUUGGGAAGUGGAAAUUGGCGACCCAGAGCCUCAGUUUGGCGUUCUAGAUGACAUUGGAAUAAAAGAAAACAGUAGUACUCCGUACGUGACCAGAAGAAUUACUAAAACCAGUUUGGAAUGGAGAAUUAGAAACUUACCGUAUCCAGUAGAAGUAUACUCUGUAACUGCUGAUACUCAAGACAAAUGUUUGGUCGUUAGAACAACAAAUAAAAAAUAUUUCAAAAAACUUCCAAUACCUGAGCUUGAAAGAGUUGGUAUUUUACCACUGCAAGAAAAUAUUUCAUUAUCACAUAAAUAUAACACUCUAAUAAUUGUGUACAAAAAACCAUCACAAGUCUUGGAAAUGGAACAAAAAAUAAUGGAAGAAUUGAAAACCGUAGCUGCUAUCAAAGAUGACCAGUGUAAAACAAGUUGAAAUAAAUAGUUUAAAACUUAUUCUUCAAGCA